AUAACUUUGUUUGACAAUGACAAGUACACCAACAUCGUUGUUCUAUCUUGUUUUUUGAUAAUAAUAUAAGAUCUCAGUUUUAUUUUGGUGUAUAAUUUUAAACGAAGGUUCGAUUCAAUUGUGUCACCGAAUAAACUAAGAAAAAUGAAUACAUCAAAACAUGCUGUUCGGAAAUUUUGCUAUGAUGACGAAACUGGUGAAACAGUUAUGUACAACGUAAAUGAUGAAACCGGGGAGCCUUUACUUGAUACCAUUUCGCCGCCUAUCUAUAGAGAUUUUGGAAACGCCACUGAUUCCGAACACAAAGAAAAGUACAUGAAGUUCCCGCGCGGGUACAUGAGUAAGACUAAGAAGUUUCAGUCACUGAAAGCUAAUAUAAUUGCAGGUUCUAAUCAGAUAAGCCACCGUUUGCUUCUCAUACCGACACUAAUGAUAUGUCCCAGUCUUUUUUGUGUUCUACUGAUGAUACUGGAGGUAUAUCUGCAUGUGCGAUGCCACAAGAAAAAUAAAAUGUUGAAUGAUCCUAAUUUGUAUUACCGUAGUCCUUUCCAUGUGGUCACAAGCACGUUCUGCGGCGUUUGUCGCGACUGUGAUACUGCAUCAAAAAUCGGACAGUUGCAGGACCAAAGACGUAAUCGUCAUGACUACUUUAGAGGCAUUGCAAUAUAAAUGCACACCAUCUAAAUAAGUGACUGAGGUGUUGGUGCAGUGUGUGAUAUAUUAGGUUAAUUUGCAUACACCUGACAACUUUUCUACAAAUAUUAUUGAACAAUAGUUUAUUGAUCUCUAUAGACAAAAUAAAACUUUAAAGUUACACUUUUAAUGUACAUUGGGUAUCUCUAAAUUUGUUUUCUGUUUCUUUGUACCGUUUCACUUUAUAUCAUAGUGGACUUCAAGUAUUCUAUAUUUAUGCUUAAUUGGCUUGUUUGUAUUCCAACAAACUCAUCAUAGUUAUUGUAUAUAGUCAAAGUAAACAGAUGUCACCAAGUAUUUGGAUAUUUGUGGUGAGUCAAUACUAUUCCUGCUUUGUAUAAACUUAUAUACAAACAUUGAGAUAGCACUUAGUUAGCCUGUACUAUUUUAUAUAACUAUAAUUUGUUUACUUUUUGUUGCUACCAAUGACCUUCUCUCCAUUUGUUAAGGUAUUUAAAAAGGUAAACAAUGUUGAUGACCCUGUGUCUCAAAACUCGGUUUAAAAAUUAUUUUUUACUUAAACAAAUAUAAAACAGCAAUUUUUUGCCAGAUCCAAUAUACCAAAGUGAUAUGUUGUUUACUUAUUUAAAUACUUAAAUAGAUGUGAUGAUAACAUGAAUUGAAUGAAUAGUGAGACAUACACAGAUUGCAAUACUUAAUCAAUUAUCUGUUAAGAGUUUAUCAAUGUUCAUUGUAGAAAACAACCCUAGAAAAGAUUACAGAACAAAAAUUCAAGACAGUACACACACAUUAAAAAAUAUCCGAUACAACUUGUAACUUACUUUGUAAACAAAUUAAUAAAAGCUAGUUGUUAAAUACAUAAUCUCAAAUUAUAUUAAUGAGCAAAAAAAAUAAAGACAUUCUAAAAUUCUAAAUUCUAAAAGUAAUUUGUUUUUAAAUGAAUGAUAUGCGCUCUUUAGAAACACAUGGCUUGUGAUUUAAGAGACUGAAUAGAAACGGAAUUUAGUUUUGUAGCUGUUUGUAAUUAAAAAUUACCCGAACUGACACUGAAAUUCUGAUGAGCGUUUCUAUGUAACUUGUCAGUCUUUCCUUCUUUGAAUUGUGACUGGACAACUCAGUCUAUGCAAACAAGUGAAGUUUUUUUCUAUAGCAUGUUUCGAAUAUAAAUCUUCUUUAAAUACGUAGAAAACAAACCUAUAUUUAAUGGGAUAGUUGUCUUUAUUAACUUCUUGCAGUAUAAAGUAAUUGAAUGAAUGCUUCAUUUCUCACGUGUAUUUUUUUUAAAAACGAAGUAUGUUUAAGAGUACCCCACAGAACUGCUUAGCCUAUGAGAUCAUAGUCUCUAUUACAAUAAUAAUCAUUCAAAAUAUGUACCUACAUUUUUUAUAGAAUCUGAUCAUUUUAACUGCCGUUUAUAAUAUUUACAAUGACAUGUAUAAUUAUGCACUGUAGCACUGUGGUUUUGUUAUAUUGUUCCAAUAAAUCCUAUGGUCAUUUUUGCUUUAUGGGGCAAUAUAUACAAAAUUAAUAUGUAUAUUUUUAUUAGCUUCACUAGUAUGUUUGUUUGUAACUGACUCCUUUGGACUUGAUUACUAUCAUCUGCGAACGGUGAAAUUUUAUUCAAACUUAGACUUAUUGAAGACCGAUGAUAAACAGUAAUUCAACCGUUUAGUUCGGAGUAUUUAUAAAAGUGUUUUUUUUUUAUGUUAUUUAUUCUAUCCUACAGCGACUGAUUUUAUAUACCUAAUAUCAACGGACUACAAAGGUGUUGCAAAGUAUUUUCAUAGAUCUAUUUAGUUAGUAUAUUAAAUGUAAGAUGAUGUUUCCUUAUUAUUUUGUUAAUUGUUAAGGAAAAUAUUUUUCUAUUGGUGUUGGUAAUGAAAGUAUUUUUGUCGAGUUUAUUGUGCCCAGUUGUUGGAGCAUACAAAUUUAGUUUUUGGAAAUAAAGGCUUAUUUUCUGUUA